GUAAUAUAUGUUUCCGUGUAAGGAGGAUACAUGACGAAGAAGGGGAGCGGCGGCGGGGGACCGCCGCCGUUCUUGGUGAAGACGCACCGGCUGGUGGAGGACGAGGCGACGGACGAGGUGAUAUCGUGGGGAGCGAAGGGGGCGUCGUUCGUGGUGUGGAAGCCGGCGGAGUUCGCCAGCGAGUUCUUGCCCGUCCACUUCAAGCACAACAACUUCUCCAGCUUCGUCCGACAGCUCAACACAUACGGCUUCCGGAAGGUGGUGCCGGAUAAGUGGGAGUUCGCAAAUGUCAACUUCCGGCGAGGAGAGCAAGGACUCCUCUGCCACAUCCGCCGGCGGAAGGCCAAAGAUCACAAAACCACCGCCCACCUUCCUCCUUCCUUGUCUACCUCCGCCGAAGUCCACAGCUCCUCCUCUGCCUCCUCACACCCCCCACCUGAUCAUCCCGGCCACCUUCUGGAGCUCACCAGCCAGAACGAGAAGCUAAGGAGCGACAACCAGGCACUCAGCUCCGAGCUCGCCGAGGCCAAGCACCAGUGCCGACACUUGCUGGGCUUCCUCUCCGGCUUCGUCGAUUUGAGCCAGGUCGAUAUCAGUGCUCUAAUCCAGGGAAAUACUACCGCAACAGAGGAUCAUAGGAGCAGAGAAGCAGCAGGGGAAGAAGGGCUCAAGCUUUUCGGGGCGUUCCUGGAGAGAGGAAGGUGUGAGGAGGGAGUUGAUAUUGGGCGUGAUGAGAUUGUUGUCGGCCAGCGGCCCACGAAGAUGGGCUUUGGCUUGCCGUGGAUGGCGGCGUCGAGCACGGUUCAACAUGGCGGCGGCGACGUCUGCAACUGAAUCAAGUUGUGACAGUACUCGCGGUGGUAAAAUAUAUAUGGAAGGCAAGUGUCAAUAGAGUUCCAGUAACAUGAAUAUAUAUAAAAGACUGAAUUCGUAUGUUUUAUUCCUAUUGAUCCGAGUAUAGAUGUAGAAAGGCGAUGAAGCAUUGCUCUUUAAGUGGUGUGAAGUGCAUAAUUAUUACUUAAACUCAUCAGUUUGCUUUUGUUAAUACUUUGAGAAUACUCUGGCUCUCUCAUUAGGUGACAUGCUACAG